UAAAAAUGUUGAUGUAAAUUGCAAAAAGCAGUUUUUAUGUCCCAUUGCCACAUUUUCGGAGGAGGUGGAGUGAGAAAGCUGAAAGCCUGUGAAGUGGUGCAAAAUAUUAGAUAUUUUUAGUGGAUGGGGACUGUCAGUUGGUGGGCGGUAUGGGUGGUUGGUACUUCGCCUGUUUGCUUUGAUGUGCCAUUGUUUGCUUUAGUUUUUAUUUCUUCAAUAUCCCAAUUUCACAUUAUCCAGUCUUUAAUUGACGCACUGCUUUCUAGGUUAAAAGAUGGGGAAAAAUUAAGGAGAAUUCAAAAUGCAUAGCAACUUUGUAUAUUUAAUAACAUGUGUUGGUCUUCCAAAACAAUUAAUAAAUUUUAAAAAUUUGUAAUGUUGGUAAUCGAUAUGUAUUACCUUAUCCAAUUUUUUUUAACACUUUUAAGCAGUGUUGGUCAAAUGGUAGUAGGCAGUACGUAAAUUUAAUCUGACAGCAUGACAAACAGGGGGAAAUAUGCAUUUAUUUUUCAGCUUAAAAAUUUAGACCGAAAAAAAAAGGCUAAAAGUUUAACGCUUUUAAAAACGAGCGAAUUUCGAGGUUUUUUUUAUAGAAAUCUGAUAUAUAACUGUAGGUAGAAUCCAAAAGAAUCCUUAAAACCUGUGAUUUUCGGUUUGAUUUUAUUGAAAACAUUAGCAGAAUGCAGGCCUGUCCCAAGUCACUUUCCGUGAAAUUAAAGCUACCGAAUCGCGUCCAACCGGAGGUAGUUCCCCAACCCGGAAAAGCAGGCCAGUACACCAAUAAACUGCACUAUUUCAAAAAGCAUCUGCUGGAUGAACUGCCCAAAAAGAAGUUUGCCUUAGACUUUUUGGAGCCAGUGGAUUCGGAGGCACUGAAGGUACCAACAUAUUACACUGUAAUUAAUCGGCCCAUGGAUGCGGGAACGAUUUUGAAAAGAGUUCAAAACAACUAUUAUCGAGGAGCAGAGGAGGCGAUUUCUGACUUUCGGCUUAUCAUUCGAAAUUGUUUCAUGUUCAAUCGACCGGGCGACCUUGUUUACCGAAAGGGUCAAAUGCUGGAGAAAUUUUUCCUAAAGAAAAUCAAAAGUAUGCCAAGUGGUCCCGAACUGCCGUGCAACAAGGAUCCAAAUUCAGUGGGAAAGCCGAGAGCUUAUAGCAAAAACAUGUCCACCUCCGCCAACAUGGAACGAAUGUGCCGCGAUCUUCUGAAGAAGCUGCAGAAUUUCACCAAUCAAACGGAUGCCACAGCCAGGAAUUUCUUCAAUUCGAAGUGGGAUUCGUUGGUCAAAAAACUGGACAAGCACUACUUCAAGUCUUUCGAGGAGUUUCGUUCGCAUGUGGAUGGGGUUUUCAGAAAGUACCACGAUCCGGGAAAGAUGAUCUACGAAAGAGCCUUCGAUCAGCCGGGUUCUUGGUCGACUUCCAUGAAUGCUGUUCCAUCUUCUGGUUUGGAUGAAACGGAUCUGAAUGAGCUACUAAUGGCUGCCAAGUUGGCAGAAAAUAGUCUGGUGCACUUCCAACAAGAACCUUCGAGGGCCAAAGUUCUAAUCGAGGCUUUUUGUGCCAGCAUAACCAAGGUGAAGCAAAAACUGGAGGCAGCUAGACCAGUUUCUAUGAAGGAAUCUCUUAGGAAGCAACAGAGAUUGAGUCCAAUUCAGGAAGAGGAUUUGGAGGAAGGAGAACGCAAGCCAGCUUUGGAGUUGCUAAAACCCAGCGAGGUGGAUACCUUACUGGAAGUUGGUUGGGAAUCCACGGAUGACGAGGGUAAUGAAGCUCCAUCAGAGGAAGUGAACGAUUCCGAACGACUGGCUAUCCAGAAACUCUUCGCCAAACUUCCUUCAACGGCGAUGAGGGAAAUUGUUCAUUUGGUCCAGCAAACCGAAGGAAUAUCCUCGGAAAAUUGUGGCGACCUAAGUUUCGAUGUCAAGGGAUUUUCACCGGACACUUUGGUCCUAAUGAAACGAGCCGUGGCCAAAGCAAUGAGAGCACACAGCAAAGUGAAUCUCAAGGAUAUGCAGCCUUCGGAAAAGGAAGGACUUCAGCGCACACUGCAAUCUCAGUUGAUGGACAUAACCAGGAUGUUAAGCACGAAUCGUCGCAAAAAUCCUGCUAUCUUAAAGAAUACAACCAAUAUCAACGUAGUGCGAAAAAAGCCAGCUGCUCCUCUAAUCGCCAAAUUGAAGCAACAACCGGCAGGACUUGGGGGUAAAUCAAUGGGAGGAUGUGUCGGUGAAAGUCACAAUCUGAGUGACAGCAGUGACGAUUCCUCAGGACCUUCAAGUCCACAAAGACAGCGACCAAAUGAAGCUAUCGGUGGUCCUGCUCAGAUGAGAAACACCGGAAAGAAGAGAACUCAUCCGCAGAAGAGAGUCCAAGUUGGCCAAAAAGUCAUGGUCGUCGAAGGUCUCAAGAUGAGCAGCAGCAGCAGCAGCAGCAGCAGCGCGUCUGGUGAAGCAUCCAAAUCAGGGAACAGCUCCAGUAGUUCCAGUUCGAGUUCCAGCCCAGGCUCGAGUUCCAGUUCCAGUUCGAGUUCGAGCAGCAGCUCCAGUUCCAGCAGCGAUUCCUCCGACAACGAACAGGAAGGAGGUCCUGGUGGUAAAGGCAACACGGGAAAAGUCGUUUCUGCAUAGGAUUCUUUAGAAGCUUGUACUUAAGAUUACGCUAUUAUUUUACUUUACCUACUUAUAUACUUAUACUGAUACUUAUAUAAUAAAACAACUUUUUGUUGAAGGUA